UCGUUGGUUGCUUUUGGCCCCAAGCAGCGCGCCUUAGGCGAAGCCGCGAAGACGCAAGAGACGUCAAACUUCAGAGACACCGUAGGCUCGCUCAAGCGCCUGAUCGGCCGGACGUUGAACGACCUCGAAGUGCAAGAAUACGAGAAGAAAUUCUUGAAUGCCAAGCUCGUCGAUGUGAAUGGCACUUUCUGUGUGCAGGUCAACUAUGUUGGCGAGCCGCACACGUUCUCCGCAACGCAACUCACCGCCAUGUACCUCAAUAAGCUCAAGGAUAUCGCGUCCGUGGAGCUCAAGACGGGCGUGUCCGACAUCGUCAUUGCCAUCCCCGGCUGGUUCACUGAGAUCCAGCGCCGGGCAAUGCUUGACGCGGCGGCAAUCGCGGACCUCAACUGCCUUCGGCUGAUCAACGACUACGCCGCCGUCGCGCUCGGGUACGGUAUCACGAAGGCGGACCUGCCCGAGCCCGAGAAUCCGCGGCAUGUUGUGUUCGUGGAUGUCGGGCUCUCCGCCUCCGUCGUCGCCUUCUCCAAGGGCCAGCUCGUCGUCAAGGGCACCGGCCUCGACGCCCACCUUGGCGGGCGCGAGAUCGACUACGCGCUCGUGCGCCACUUCUCGGAGUUCAAGACCAAGCACAAGAUCGACGUCAUGUCGAAUCCGAAGGCGACGUUCCGCCUU